AAGGAUGAUAUAAUAAUUGCUCAAAGUACAACUGGCAAGCAAAACUCCACGAAGGAGCAAUUGUCGAAAAAUAUGAAAGGAUUCAUGGUGCUUGUUAGCAACAGUGAACUCAGGAGGAGGCUUUGUAUUACAAAUUUCUCUUGGAUGACUGCCUCCCUGACUUACUACGCUUUAGCAUUGAACGUGAACAAUUUCUCGACGGACCGGUACAUUUACGUGGUAGUGAUGGGUUUAACUGAGAUACCAGCUUACCUGAUACCGACUCCAAUCCUGAUGGUCAUGGGACGCCGACCAGGAAGUGCGUCCUUAUUCAUAAUCGCAGCGUUCUGUUUGCUAUGCAUUCUAGCAAUACCAACUACGGACAGUACUGCGAUUAUGGUUAUAUCGCUGAUUGGAAGGUUCAGUGCGUCCGCUGCUUACGGCAUUGCUAUUCUCUACAGCUCCGAACUGUUCCCAACAGUCUGUAGAAAUUCUGCGGUUGGUACGAAUUCCGCAAUGUCGCACGUCGGAAGCGUGGCCGCGCCUUACGUGGCUGAUUUAUUAGGAGCUGCGAUCUGGUGGGGUCCGACUACUCUAUGCGGUUGUCUCGCGCUAUUAGCAGGCCUGCUCUGCGCUAUAUUACCGGAAACGCGUGGCAGGCCAUUGGCGAACACCAUCGAUGAGGAAAUCACUGACCAACGGGACAACGUGUCUGUACACAACUGUUGCAAGUGCAACUGAGCUCAGGUCUGAGUUCAGGUCACCUCCAAUGUCCAACUCACACUCUAAUUCAGGGCUUCUUAAACUUUUGUCAUUCACGACCCCAUUUAUGAUUGCGAGUUACCAUUACAGUCGUCAAAAUUUUGCUACGCGACCCCAUUUGGGGUCGCGACCCAUAGUUUAAGAAGCCCUGCUCUAAACCA